CCAGAUUUGUUACAGAUAUGACUGGCUGGUUACUCUGCUGCUUCUGUGCCCCAGCGCUUGCUACUCUGUGAUUUCAGAUAAUAGAAGAGAGUUACGAAACUUGUGGUAAGAAACCCAAAAGCAACCUGCCUUUAUUGAGUUCUCAAGAACAUAAUCGACCCCUUGGUACAUUAUCAAGAUGCAUUAGGAAACUGGAUACGGUGCCAAAAGAACUCCAUGCGUUUCCAUGACUCUCUGGGACCCUGACUCAGAUACUUUUGGAUAUAUAUUUCUGUUCUGAGGAGAAGAGCGCGUACUCCAACUCCUUUCUGCCAGCUCGCUGGCAGAGAGGUUUCACUAAGAUCAUGGACCAUCCUAGUAGGGAAAAAGAUGAAAGGCAGCGGACGACGAAAGGGAUGCCAGGAAGAAGCGGGCACGGGUCUCGACCGAGCUCAUCGGCAUCUUCUGGCGUGCUUAUGGUUGGACCCAACUUCAGAGUGGGCAAGAAGAUUGGGUGUGGGAACUUUGGAGAGCUCAGACUAGGUAAAAAUCUCUACACCAAUGAAUAUGUAGCGAUUAAACUGGAACCAAUAAAAUCCCGUGCACCACAGCUUCAUUUAGAAUACAGGUUUUAUAAACAACUUGGAAGUGCGGCGGAAGGGCUUCCCCAGGUGUAUUACUUCGGACCAUGUGGAAAGUACAACGCCAUGGUACUAGAGCUGCUUGGUCCUAGCUUGGAAGAUUUAUUUGACCUCUGUGAUAGGACGUUCACUUUGAAGACGGUAUUAAUGAUAGCCAUCCAGCUGAUAUCUCGGAUGGAGUACGUGCAUUCGAAGAACCUCAUCUACCGAGAUGUCAAGCCAGAAAACUUCCUUAUUGGCCGGCAAGGCAAUAAGAAAGAACACGUCAUUCACAUCAUAGACUUUGGAUUGGCGAAGGAGUACAUUGACCCCGAAACCAAAAAACACAUACCUUACAGGGAACACAAGAGCUUAACUGGAACGGCGAGAUACAUGUCCAUCAACACCCAUCUUGGCAAAGAGCAAAGUCGUCGAGACGACUUGGAAGCCCUGGGCCAUAUGUUUAUGUAUUUCCUCCGAGGCAGUCUGCCCUGGCAAGGACUGAAGGCUGACACCUUAAAAGAGAGGUAUCAGAAGAUCGGGGACACAAAGAGAAACACUCCAGUUGAAGUUCUCUGUGAGAACUUUCCAGAGGAGAUGGCCACGUACCUCCGUUAUGUCCGGCGCCUGGACUUCUUUGAGAGACCAGACUACGAUUAUUUACGAACCAUCUUCACGGAGCUGUUUGAGAAGAAAGGCUACACCUUUGACUACGCCUAUGACUGGGUCGGCAGGCCCAUUCCUACUCCGGUGGGAUCUGUCCACGUGGAUUCCGGGACGUCGGCGGUCACAAGGGACAGCCACGUCCACCGGGACCGACCCUCGCAGCAGGCCCUUCGCAAUCAGGCGUCGUCGGAUCGCCGAGGGGACUGGGAGAUCCAGCCGAGCCGGCAGACGAAUACCUCGUACCUGACAUCUCACCUGGCUGCCGACCGGCACGGGGGAUCCGUACAGGUGGUCAGCUCGACCAACGGGGAGCUGAACGUGGAUGACCCGACGGGGGCACACUCCAACGCGCCGAUAACAGCGCAGGCGGAGGUGGAGGUGGUGGAGGAAGCGAACUGCCUGAAAAUGCUCAACUUGUGGUGCUGCUGCUUCUUUAAGAGGAAACGGAAGAAGACGGCUCAGCGCCACAAGUGACCGGUGCCUCCUGGGCCUUGCAGGAACCACCUCGCCUGCAGCUCCUGCCCUGUCUCACUGGAAGGGGCUUCUCUUUAGGGGGGAGGAGGAGGAGGCAUAGGAGGAAGAGAGAAAGAAAGAAAGAAAACAAAACAAAACAAAACAAAACAAAAAGUGACAUUUUAAACCAAAAAGAGAAGAAAACGUUCCAAAACAAACCACUCUGGGGUGGAUCUGCUGAAUGGUCUCCCUCGUUCACUCCAAGCCUGAAGCUCCUUUUGGGACCAGGACUGUGGCUGGCUCAGGUCUUGGUCGCCCCGGGAGGGGGGCUGGCUGGCUGACCCUCCUUCCCCUUGUUUACGGCGAAGGCAUCCUUCACGCAAACCUGAGGACUGUGCUUAGUUCCUGCUCACUUUCCUCCCCCCCACCUCCCCUGUGCUCUCUGCUCCUCCGUCCUCCUCCCUCCUUAAUUAAGCGAAGAGAUAACCGUUGGCUGGAUUGGCUGUGGAGAGGGCAGGAGGACGCGGUGCGAGCAGGAGAGCUGCCUGGGAGAGGGGCCUGGCUGCUGCAGCAGAACCAGACAGGUUCCCUUUUGGGCUCCUUGGGAACAGUUACACUGUAAUGUGCAAGCUGUGAGAAAUUUGCAAUCUACUGUUCCAGUUAGGGUUUGUUUUUUUUUCCGGCUCCCUUGACACCUCCCUCCUCUGACGGUAACAGAGCAAUGUGGAUUGUUUUAAAGAAGCUGACGUCGUUGCACUUUUUAUUAUUUUUAGCAUUUACAGAUGCACAUUGUAUCUGUGGAUCUCUGCCUGGCCGGGCGGCGCCAGCGCGGACAGACAUUCAGCUGGGGAGACGGUGGGGUGCAGGGAAUGCCCUCCAGCAGGGAUGUCCACGACAUCCCACCGCCCUCGUGCCACUCUGGGGUUCCCAUCGCCUGCCUUGGGCCACGCGCUGAGGAAAGCAUACUUGAAUUUCCAAUCACCCUUUCUCGCUGCCGGUGAAUGUCCCUACCAUGGUUUCCUACGCCGUGCCUGACCCAGCCGGCCGGGAGACGCGAGGCUGUGGCCCAGCGUUGGCAGGAGGGAGCGGUGUCAGCUUUGUGGAGCUGGAGGAGUUUGUGCUGGUUGAAGAGGUAGAUCUGGAUUAAGGUGACGGGGAGGCAGCCGUUUCCCAAAGCCUAGGCGUUUCUCGGUGUGGGCAACUGGGCAGCCUUCUCCAGCCCCCCCGGUGGGGUGGUUGUGAACCUUCUGCCAGAAAGCGUUAGCGGGAGCGAACCUUCCCCGGCAGGGGAGAGGAUACUUCACUGCCUUAACACUGAUUUCAUCUCCAGAUGAAGGUCAGAUAGGUUUGACUGGAAUAGCCUUCACCUCCUCUCUGCGAGCGUGGGCCUGGGGCACGUGGGACGCCCUCGCGCCCCCCAGGAGAAGCCAUGGUUCUCACGCACCACUUUUGAGCCAAACCAGUAACUUGCAAAGGGCUUGGGGCGCUUUGCACACGUGUUAAAGGAAAAAAAAAAAAAAAAACCAACAAAAAACUCGCAUCCUGCUGGAGCGUUUCCAGACCCGAAGGAGGCUGAGGCUGCCCGGGGGUCACCACGGACGUGGCAGGGCUCUGGGAGAACUCGAGCAGCUUUUGGGGAGGUUGUGAAUAGGUUCCUCGUGCUUUGUCUUUCCACGUGUGACACCCGACCAGGCUGGGACUGUUCACUUGAGGGACUUCGCUUGUCAUAAACUGGGGCCUGGCUCACCCCACGCUCCCCGUGAAGGGAGGGAAGGGAGAGACUGGAUGGCAUUGUCUUUUAUUCUUUUACUGACGGUCUGCGUAGCUGGGAGUUGGUGGAGCAGCGCUCACGAGGGGCUCGGUUCCCCUGGCUGGGCAGAAGCGGGCCGAGGAGGCAGGAGAUCAUCCCGGGCAGGGAGCUGGGGGCUCGCUCUUUGUGCGUGCCCGGAGCGGGCGGUGUGGUGCCAGGGUGGAGAGGCCUCCCCUCCUUGCCAGGAUCCCUCUUGGCCAUCCUCCGCUGCGUUCUCUCCAUGCCUUAUCCCGACGAGCGCGGCGGGGAGGCGCGGAGCUCUUGGCUCGCACGCCCACCAGGAGACACGUCCACCCCCUUCUCCUCCUGCAAAGCACUUCCCUCCAGCCCUGCUGUGGGACGGGGCAGCAAGGGGACCUUCGCCCUCUUGUCCCCUCCUGCCAGAGGAAGGACGGGGACCGUGGCCACCUUCCACCCUUCUCUUUCCGAGCUCCUCUGCUGCCAGUGGCCCCCAGAAGCCCAGUGUCUCUGGUGCAGGCGUUCCCCUCUCCGCUGCAGGAAGCCGUGGUUUGGUGUCUCGGGAGGGGGUGACGGGGCAGAGGCGCUCCCCGGGGAGCCGUCCUGCCCGCUGCCGGUGGAGCCAGGCCCCGAGACACUGCUGUUGCUGCCCUCCUAAGCCCCACUAAGUGCCUGUCACCAGAACUCGAUUCCUUCUGCAUCUCCUGCCGUGUUUGGUCAUUCCUCGCUGCCUCCGGUCGCGGAGCAGCUUGUAGUUGCAGCAUAUGUAAGUGUUUGCAGGGUGAGGGAGGGCGGGGGGGGAAAGGGGCCAUCUCAACAGUUUCUGUUCUUAAUUUUUUUUGUUUGUUUUUUUGUUUUGUUUUAUUUUUUUGGAUUAUUUUUUUUAAAGUGAAUGUAUUUGAUUGUUUAGAAACUUUCCUGACCUUGUUUUUAAGUGGGUUGGUUUGAAAGCUGUUUCAUGGUGACCCACUGCCGCUUCUCUCUGGAGAUACGAUGUUCUUUUAAUCCUACGAUGAUGUGUUUGUAGGGGAGGACUGUCCCCCCACGGCAUGCUGGUAAUGCUCACUUGUACCAAGCCCUCUUGCACUAUAAUCGUACGUUGGACUCUUCAAAAGGGCAAAAAUGUGGGGUGGGGUUCUUCUUUUAAAAGACAAAAAAAAAAAAAAAAAAAAAAAGGAAAAUAAAGCAGGUUAACAGCAAGUCCUGUGCUUGAGGAAACCGCUGUCCCCAGGGAGCUGGGAGGUGACCAGGAGACACAAGCCAGACUGAGCCAGCCAUGCUGUGGUAGGAAGCAGGGCAUUAAGCCCACCUGGGCAAACUCUCCUCACCAGAAGUCGUUAGCAGCCGGGAGACCCCGGGGGCGCGAGGGGAGGGCUCUCCGGGGGGCACCGGGCGCUGUGCUGGGCUCCCCCAUGUAGCUCUCCCGCGGUGUGGCCCACCAACGUUGCGAUGCGGUCUUCUGAGGUAUCAAGUGAGAUGAUUAUUAUUUUUUUUUUCAAUAAAACAUUGCACUGCUGCA